AGCAUUUUGCACUUGGACAGUUGGUUUCGGAUCACGUUGUCGAGGGAACUGCGUAUAGAUACAUCAUCUUUCAUACAUGGAGGGAGGAACAAGAUUCUCUCCUUAAAGAAUCAUGGCAGAGCUUGUAACAUCGUCGUCUUCUUCUUCAUCUCCCCCGCUUGAUCCUUCUCUGCCGCCCGCUGGUGGCGUGGUGCCGCUUCCCGCUGAAAAGCAGUGCUUCACCCGUGUGGAGUGGCCAGAAAAUUUCGUUGAUGAAGGACAAAUGUCCUCGGGGGGCCGAGCGAGCGUGAGAAAAAGUAGUAGAUUCUCAAACAGCUCAACCGAGACAAUUCAGGAAAACGGACAAAGGCGGUCGAGAUCUUUAUCAGGACAGGUAGGAGCGUCAGGGCAUGGAGAAGUGGCUGUGAAGUCAGCAGAAGGAGCAGGCGGAAGAGGACACGAUGGGGUGAAGUCCGCGGCAAGCCAAGGAGCAGGCGGAAGAGGACACGAUGGACGGUAAUAUUUUUGUUGAUUUGCUGCAUACUCUGUAUUUACUGUUUCUUGUUCUACUGGUGUAGUUUUGCAUCCGCUAAUUGGUUUGCUCUGGAUUUUUGAAUAAGUCCAUCGUAAGACGUGCAGUUGUUAUUCUUGUCGCGAUCUUGAUUACCCAUAAUUUCCCCCGUAAAUGAUUAUAAGAUCACAAAAAUGUUGCAACCAUCACUCUUUUCACUUUCAGGACAUUUGCAACAGCAGAUAACGAGAUUGCUGUCAUUGUGUCAAACGAAGAGACAUCUCCACUCCUUCCUGAAAAAAAUACGUCUGCUGCUCGGCCUCCGAAGAGCGACGUUGUUCCAAGAUCCACUCCACGACCACUACCAUCAACAAAGAACAACAGUAAUAGUCCAAGGAGACCAGCUAUGCCUGCAGCAAGAGCAGAAAACAGGGUAGCAAGCAACGGGAGACAAUCACCCAGACUAAUGGGACCGGCCAAUAUAACGAAUCCUGUAAGUGCUGGCCGACCACUGUUGAAGCGCGGUGGUGACGAGGAUAAGGUUAAAUCGUUGAAAAUCAGAAUUGGAAAGACCCCUGAGAACAAUCCAGCAGCGUCGCAGGUCGCGCGGUGCUACAGCCGCAUCGAAUGGGGCGUGGUCGCAAUGUGGUCAGGACUAGUUUUGCUUCUCUUUACGGCUUCCUGCUCUAAGUUAUUCGUUGUUUCUUCUUUCAUCUUGUACUUCCGAUAAGUCAUUUCAUAAAUCUCGAUAUUCUACUGCUCCUCGUCUGUUGUAGUAUACGCAAGUAUAGCUUUCUCACAGUUGAGCCCAUAGAUACCACUUUUCGUUUCUCGUAGUUGGACGUUUGCAUUCUUUCGGAGGGCUUUGAGUUUAAUAGCGAUUUCAACUCUUUACAGCACUCCGCUGUGCUACUUUGAUUAGUAUACAGAACUAGCUAACUGUCAUUGUCCCACUUCACACCACAGUAAAGAGACUAGUCGCUAAUUCAUCUGCAGUGGCUAUCUUGUCUAUCCAAGCGUACAUAUCGCAAAGAGACCAGGCGCAGGUGAGUGCUCACUUCCGUAGAACCCUGGCUCUCCACUCUGCGGCUGCGGAAAAUUUGAAGCAAGAUUUUUAUGAUGAGGAUUAUUGAAGGAACACUUGGACUUAUAUUUUGUCGUAGAUUGACUUGCUUAAUCAGAAUCCCGCAAAAAGAACUUGCAUUCACUCAAUUCUAUAACUUCUGACACUCUACUUCCCAAGCUGAUCAAGAUCGUAUCGUGGAUUUUGCACUUUUUUUAGAUACUGCACAAUCUGCUCAAGGUUGUUCUUCUUUUCGUCCGGCAUGGACGUCGAUCUUCUUUCUAAGUAUUUAUUUCCCCCAAUUAUAUCAGUCUACUUUGAUCUACUAUGGUCUUGGGAGGAAUGAAUGUAGUUUGGAUGCUCGAGACGGACAUAAAAGUCCCCUCGAAGAAGAUCUUCUUGUAAAAUGAUUAGAUAAAAGGACCAUCUUCAUGUUGCGAUGGCGGUUAGUCAGCAGGCGGAAAUUCUGCAGAGAAACGCUGAUGAAAUGACAGCACACAUAGACCAGUUG